AGCUUCUUCCAAUAUAUAAAUGGGCCUGGGCUUUAGCUAUAAAAUAAAUAAAUAAAGCCCACAAGAGAAGAAGAGUGGCUUAUACGGAGACUUCUCUGAUCUCUGAGUAUUCUUCUCCUCGUCUAAUUUCGCCUUGAAAUGGAGAAAGUGACGGAGAAACCCAAUUCCGAGACGCAACUUCCUCCUCCUCCUCCGAAUCAUCAAAUGGAUGCAGACGACGAUGACGAGAAUGUGAAACAGCUCAAGGAGUGUUCUUCUCUAUAUCUGUCUUUACAGGAUUGUCUUGUUGAUAGCAAUAGGGACUGGAAAUCUUGCCAGAAACACGUUCAAGCUUUGAAGGCAUGCCAUGAGAGGAAAACGAAGAAAUGACAGAGAUGACGAGAAGGCACACCUGAUUUGGAAGGAAGAGGAUUUGAUUAGAGACUUCUUAUAGAGAAACCAUAUUAUUAUUAUCUCAUCUAUAUAUAUAUACGGCUUUGCAUAAUGGUUUUCUAGCGAUUUUCUUUAUUGUGGAGAUUGCAAAAUGUACAAGCUUUCGUACAAUGUAAACUAACCCACUCGGAAUUUUCACUUCGAGCAAGCUGGAUCUUGUUUUUUUGUUUUUUUUGUCUUCUUGCUUGUUGAGUUUGGUUCAUUGCAGAGAAUCUUUCUUUUGCCGUCUCUGAAGUAGUAGAGUUUUCUUGCUGGGAUGUGAUGAUAUAUGCAUUUGGUUCCUUCAGAGGAUAUCUCUGUUUUUGCUCCCAUUUGGUACCUUUCAAACGGAAUCUACUUCUUAUAUGUUCCUCUGUCACGAAGAAUAUUGUACAUGAGUACAUCGUUCUUCCAAAAUUUAUACAUCCUUUUAUUUGUAUGCUACUUUAUGUUACUGGAGCAUGAAUCUUGUGAUGGUAAAGGAAUAGGCCAAUGGGCAGUGGAGAAAAGCCGAG